CCGGACUGUUGAGAAAUCUGCUCAGACUCUCGUUGGUGAGGUUCAUCCCAAAGCUCGUUCCUCCGCUUCGACACUGAACGGCAACAAAGGAAUUUUAACUAGUGACAGCCACCCGAGCCCUGUCCGUACAGUUUCAGCUGAGAAGUGCUUCCUCUGUCUUCCAUCAGUGGGAAGAGCAGACAGACUGUGAACAAACCUCGUCAUGAACUGGGCAUUCCUCCAGGGCCUCCUCAGUGGGGUGAACAAGUAUUCCACUGCCUUUGGCCGAGUGUGGCUCUCCAUUGUGUUCCUGUUCAGGGUCAUGGUGUUUGUGGUAGCAGCAGAGAAGGUAUGGGGCGAUGAACAAAAGGACUUCAAAUGCAACACGGCUCAACCGGGGUGCCACAAUGUCUGCUAUGACCACUUCUUCCCCGUCUCCCAUGUCCGGCUGUGGGCACUGCAACUCAUCUUCGUCACCUGCCCCUCUCUCCUAGUGGUGAUGCAUGUAGCUUACAGGGAAGACAGGGAACGGAAAAACAGGCUAAAGUACGGCGAGAACUGCCGCCGUCUCUACCAGAACACAGGCAAGAAGCGUGGAGGAUUAUGGUGGACCUACGUCCUCACUUUGGUCUUCAAAAUAGCAGUGGAUGCCACUUUCGUCUACCUCCUGUACCACAUCUAUGAAGGGUACGACUUCCCCUCGCUCAUCAAGUGCGAACAGAAGCCCUGUCCCAACAAGGUGGACUGCUUCAUCGCUCGGCCCACCGAGAAAAGAAUCUUCACCCUCUUCAUGGUGGUCACCAGCCUGGUCUGCAUCCUGCUCUCCAUUUUUGAAAUUCUCUACCUGGUGGGCAAACGCUGCCAUGAGUGUUUCAACGCGGUCAAUCAUUCUCACCAUGUCAUGACCAAUGCAUUGUCCAGUGGGAGCAACUUGAUGGAGGAGAACACUAUGAAGCUGGCGAGAAAAAACACACCUCAAACACCUGCUCCCUCAUACAGUGUCGCCAUAUCUUGAAAGGACAGUGAGGAUAAAGACUUAAUGGAGCACAAAGAGAUGGAAAAAGGAAUGUGCCCCUCCUCGAUGCACAGGCACUUCCUUUAAAGACUUGUAAGCAAGCCUAAAGACUGAGCUUCAGCUGAGGUAGUUUUAACUAUUUCUGUGUACACUGCCAGACAGUGAAAAUUCAGGACUAAGGACACGUGUUGAUCUGGAAUGUGCACACUAGUAGUUUGGGUCAGGGCAGAAUUUUGCAGAUGAAGUUUUAUUGCCAGUAAGGAGUGAAAAAAACAUAAUGCAGUGUUGGAUUUAGCCCUGAUAGCAAUUACAUGAGUCACCCAAUGGUCUGGCGAGUGCGGCUUUACAAACACAUUUGGUUUUCUGUGUAAGAUUUUCCCUCUGCUCACCGCCCAGCUCUCUGGUUCAAACUGAACUGCCCUUUCCUUUCCCUCACGUUCAUAUUUGACUCUGUCAAUAGUGUACUUUACAUAAUUUAUCAAAAGUUUUGGACGAUUGUGUUGUGCUUGUCACAUGCUUCAUACUGCAUUCUGUAAACAAGCAGAGGGGAGCUGUGGAGUUGAAAUGCUGUGAGGUAAACAGAUUUGAUGACUUCAGGAUGUGCAUAUUUCACAGAACUGAGUUACACAU